GGCGGCCGUUGCCGGCGCGCGCCGGGCGGGGGCGCUGCGGCGGGGGCGGUGCGGGGCGGGCGCGCGCGGAGGCCGCUCUGGCCGGCGCUCGGUGCCCGCCGUGCCCGCGGAGGGAGGGCCCUCGCCCGGCGAGUGGCCAAUCCGGGCGGGCGCUGGCGGCGAGCAGGGGCAGAAUGGGCUGUAGUUGAGCGAAAUAGGGAAAGCGGCGAACAGUGUGGAGCGUUCCCGGUGUAAAUAAAAGGGGGGGGCGAAAAAAAAAAAAAGUUUGUGGAAGUCGCCGCCCUGCAGCCUCGCUCGGGCAGCGGCGCGGGGGCUUGUGCGGUGCGGGAGCCCGGCACGGAGGACUUUAGUGCGCGGCGUUAACACGCUCUGCCUAUUGUUUGUGUUUUUUUCCAAAAUAUGGCAAAGGUUCAGGUGAACAAUGUAGUGGUGUUGGAUAAUCCUUCUCCUUUCUACAAUCCUUUCCAGUUCGAAAUCACAUUCGAGUGCAUAGAGGACCUGUCUGAAGAUUUGGAAUGGAAAAUAAUUUAUGUGGGUUCAGCUGAAAGUGAAGAGUAUGAUCAGGUGUUAGACUCUGUUUUAGUUGGACCUGUUCCUGCAGGCAGACACAUGUUUGUAUUUCAGGCUGAUGCACCUAACCCAGGGCUUAUUCCAGAUGCAGAUGCAGUAGGUGUAACUGUUGUGCUAAUUACAUGCACUUACCGAGGUCAAGAAUUUAUUAGAGUCGGCUACUAUGUAAACAAUGAAUAUACUGAAACAGAACUGAGAGAGAAUCCACCAGUAAAGCCAGAUUUUUCUAAGCUUCAAAGGAAUAUUUUGGCAUCUAAUCCCAGAGUCACGAGAUUCCACAUUAAUUGGGAGGACAACACUGAAAAACUGGAAGAUGCAGAGAGCAGUAACCCAAAUCUACAGUCCUUGCUUUCCACAGAUGCAUUACCUUCAGCAUCAAAGGGGUGGUCAACAUCAGAAAAUUCACUAAAUGUUAUGUUAGAAUCUCAUAUGGACUGCAUGUGACUAACCACCAUCCUUUUGGUACUGUAUAUGUGUUAAACUGUAAAAACAACCAGAACUAUUUCCCUCGAGUUCCAUAAGUGCAUAGUUGAAGCAAUGUGAAGAACUUGUUUUAAAACAUCCUGUAGAAAGUUUAUAAAAAAAACAAAACCAAAAAACCCAACAAACAAACAGUAUUUGAGGAGAUUGUGAAAUAUAAAUACAACUAUUUUUAAGUAAUUGCCUUUUUUUUCUAAUGUGUUAUUCUAUGUGGUCUAAAACCUGAUUAAAGUAUAUGUAUUCUCUCCCCUCCCCCCUUACUUUGUAAGCACUAUUAAAAGCUUAAAAACAGUUCAAAAGUUAAAACAUUCAGGCAAAAUGAAGGAAUAAUGCCAUGUCCUCAUUGCUGCUAUCCAGAUUGCCAAAUAUAAAGUGCCCUUUAAUAGCAUCUUAAGAACAAAACUGUCAUUAGAUGAAGUGCAAAGAAAAAAAGUGUCUCUUAAUAACAAAAAAGUCCAAAAAUGUCAUUUUGCUCUGAAAGCAAACAGCACAGUAUAAUUUUAGGUGCAAGCUUCUUUUCCUUUCAAGGCACAUACUUGUUACUUAAAGCCUGCAAUUUGAGAUUUACCAUCUGCUAUCUUGGAUUUUAGGACUUUUUUUUUUUUUUUUUUUUUUUUUUAAAUCUCCUGCUGCUGCUGUUUAGUCAAACUAUGGUUUUGUUCAGGACAGUGUUUCAUGUAUAUUGGGGUGGGUAACUCAGGAAAGAGUCCUUUUUCAGCCACCCUCAUACCAUACCCAAGUGGUUGGAAGGAUGCAAGCAAGUACUAGAAGAUUCUAAACCUCAAAAGCAAUAGUGUGAAUAUCCCAAAUAUACUCUUCUGCAAGAUUAUGCAUCACUACUGGUUACUAUGUUUACUUUCAGGCAUGCUUUAUUGUCGUCUUUUUCAGUAGUAGUAAGGAGUUAGGUUGUUUUCUUUCAGUUUUUUGAAACACCUGGAAUUUUAAACUUCUGUUUUCUUUCUAGCCUUUAAGGCAAUCCUAGUCA